GGGCCUAGGGGGUCCUGAAGUGCAGGCUGGCCGCUGAGGGUUCAGGAUCUUCCCCCACGGGGCAGGACAUCCUCCGAGGUUCCCAGAUCUGAGACGGCGCACCUCCUGCGUGUCCUUGACGGCAGGUGGACUUUCCAGACCCAGCUGGUGACGCCAGUGCCCCCUAAAUCCCAGAAGUGGCCCCUUCCCUCGUGCCCUGGCCGCAGCCCCUGGGAUCCCGCGGACCCCUGGCCUGGCGGUGCAAGAGUGGUAGCAGGUCCGCGCGCCUUCUUGCCGGCGGCCGGCGCUGCUCAGCGGCGCGGCUGGACUGAGCCGCUCCCGCUGCGCUCAGAGUCCGGGCCCCUGGCGCCAUGCCAGGCCCGGCGGGGGUGCGCCCGGCGCGCAGCACUGCAGCGCUGGUCAUAUGAGCAGAAAUGAUGAGAAAAGCACUUUUUAAUCUUUUCGCACUUGCUCUGCCCGCUCAAACAGUUGCAGGAUGUCGAUGACAGACUUGCUGAACGCUGAGGACAUCAAGAAGGCGGUGGGAGCCUUUAGCGCUACCGAUUCCUUCGACCACAAAAAGUUCUUCCAAAUGGUCGGCCUGAAGAAAAAGAGUGCGGAUGAUGUGAAGAAGGUGUUUCACAUCCUGGACAAGGACAAAAGUGGCUUCAUCGAGGAGGAUGAGCUGGGAUUCAUCCUAAAAGGCUUCUCCCCAGAUGCCAGAGACCUGUCUGCUAAAGAAACCAAGAUGCUGAUGGCUGCUGGAGACAAAGAUGGGGACGGCAAAAUUGGGGUUGACGAAUUCUCCACUCUGGUGGCUGAAAGCUAAGAAGCACUGACUGCCCCUGGUCUUCCACCUCUCUGCCCUGAACACCCAAUCUCGGCCCCUCUCGCCACCCUCCUGCAUUUCUGUUCAGUUCGUUUAUGUUAUUUUUUACUCCCCCAUCCCCUGUGGCCCUCUAAUGACACCGUUCUUCUGGAAAAUGCUGGAGAAGCAAUAAAGGUUGUACCAGUCAGA